AUGGAUACUACCUUGCGAUCAGCCCAUCCUCCCCAGACCCCCGCUCAGCCCUCCACCUUCUCUUCCUCCACCUCGAAUCUGGGCACUUCCACCAACCUCACUGGCACGCUAGAUCAACCGCUAAAUCCUUUCAACCUCUCCAAAAAGCCAGUCAACCAAGCCUUUGCGACACCCCUACAACCAGCCUCAGCCUAUACUGCGCAGUCCACCAUGCCCCAGACACAACCCCUGGCACAAAGUCUGAGCGAUCCAGCUCACAUGUCUGGGUUAAUAGUCGCUCCUCAGGGCGCGCAUGAGUCCGUACCACGAUCGGAGGUACCACCCGCAAACCAGCCUGCCGCCGACUACCCCCAUCAAGUGACUGGUCUCGGGGGACCCACCGCCACAGCGCCCUUCCUCCAGGACUUCAAUCUUGUCGCUGAAGCAGCCAAGCGGGCCCAAAUGUCAAUCGUCAUGCGCGAUCUCGAAAGCGUGACGCUAUAA